UUGUUGACAGAUGUGACCCGAGCUCGGUGACGGAUUGCUACGUAAAUUAUAUGGGCUUUUUAUGGCGGGAGGAGCUUAAGCCUGGCCCAGAGGGCGAUUACGACGAGGAGGGGCUCAAGAGAGGUUGCAGCAUCAUCAAAGAAAAGUCGCCAUGACACCAACGUCUGGCCAAUUGUUCUGAAGCGGUGACUGGUGACCUCAGGAUCCAGGAGAGAGGAUACGAGGCGAUGCGCAACAUUAUCUGUGAUGUUAACGCACUGAAAGAAUCUCAUAACGCCAUCAAGUGCUUAAACGUGGAGAAGAUGGAAGAGUGCGCAAGAACGCUGAUGCCAACGUCCAAUCCACAAGAUGCCGGGAAGCCACCUGUCCCGACGCUUCGCUGCAAUGAAAAUCCCGCGGAGAUUGCCUGCUUCGACAAGGCGUUCAACUCGUCCUGCCCCCUGUCGAUGAAGACGGCCAAGGCAGCGGUGACCAGAGUUGUGAAUGCCGCAUCCCUACUCAAAGGCUGCAAGUCAUCUUCAAACGGAGUCGUGGUUUCCAGAGGUUUUCUCCUUCUGCUGGUUGUUCCCGUUAUUCUGAGUUGGUUGAGAACGUGACCAGCGGACUGAAAGACAGAAACUGGGCU